UUCCGGUGCUUCUUUUCAACAUGCUUGCUUUCAAAGCAAAAUUCCACAAAAGUUAUAAGUAGUUGUUUUAGGAGUUCGUGGAGUUUGAUAGUUUUCUGUUUCAGUAUGAGUCUUCAACGUAAAGUCCAAAAACCGCGAUCUCAGCGCGGCAAGCGCUUCCUGAAGAACCGAGAACCCAAGCUGUUUGAGAAUACGAAAUCUGUUCUGGCCAUCCGCACCAAUACCGCAAGUGAGCUGGUCGUCAGAAUCCUUAAAGAUCUGAGUGCUCUCAAGAAACCCGAUUCCUCUUUCCUUGGAAGGAAACAUGAGCUCCGCCCGUUUGAAAAUGAGCAACUACUGGAAAAAUUUUCAUCCCAGCAUGAUGCUUCACUGCUGAUCACCGGAUCCCACAACAAAAAAAGACCGACUUGCGUUACGUUCGUUCGAACGUUUGACCACCAUAUUUUGGACAUGUUUGAGUUUUCCGUGGAAAACUACAAAGGCAUCGCUGAUUUUCCGGGUAUUUCACCUCCAUUAGGAAAUAAACCUCUCUUGAUAUUCCGUGGUGAAGCUUUUGAGCAUGAUCCCGUUUUCCGUGCCAUAAAAUCUGUUUUUAUCGAUUACUUCCGAGGCCCGAUUGUGGACAAAAUUCGUCCGGCGGGUGUUUCACACGCGAUCACAUUUGUUACCAACGGAGAACGGAUUUUCAUGCGAACAUUCAUGUUGAACGGAACGGAAGAAAGUGAUGAAACUAGCACGAAACCGAAAGAAACCACUUUGACGCCAAUGGGUCCGAGCAUGGAUUUUGUUCCAAACCGAAGUAAAGUGGCCUCAGAGGAUCUGUGGAAAGCGGCUUGUCGUGUACCCAGAGAGACCAAGAUCAAGAAAACGAAGAACGUAUCCCAGGACGUGUUCGGUUCUAAACUGGGUCGUAUCCAUAUGGAGACACAGGAUUUCACGCGAUUAAACGUUAAGAAAAUGAAGGGUUUACGAAGUGAUGCCAAAUCAAAGAACGCGAACGAAUCGGAGCCCAUGGAUGUCGACAACAAAACUCCCGAAACGGUGGAUUAUACUGACAUCGGAGGCGAUCUUGAUUAGUUGUUCGUCUUUUCGUAAAAUACCAUUUGAAGAUUGCUGGUUUAGAGAUGCCAUUAACUUACAGCUGCUGAACUUCUGUGCUGUGCGGCCUAUGUUGGUUUGAUUUGUUGGUUUGUUAAACGGUUGAAAUGGAAAGAAUAAAGUUAGAA